UUAGUUGAAAGCUAGCUUGUUGAGCCAUUAGGACCAUGGCGUUUAAGCGUACUCCGUAAAAGGACGGUGUCUUACUUAACUUCAAGCUAAUUAAACACAAUGCCGAAAAAGAAAGCCAAAGGAAAGAAGGGAAAGAAAGGGAAGAAGGGAGGGAAGAAAUCAAAGAAGGCAGAAAGUAAGGUAGCCAUAGCUGAAGCAAGCUCUAAAGUGUGGGAAGCCAAGCUAGAUUUUCUUGAGCAAGCCAAGAAUGAAUUCAGGGACAAUGCUAAACGCCUCAUGCUGGAGAAUGAUGCUCUUCAGACUCAGAUGGUCCAGACGGAGAAGGACACCAUUGAUGUCAUCACCUACCUUAAGAGACAGGACCAAGAAAAAGACAACCAGGUGGACAGACUGCAAGUUGCUAUUAAACAACAGAAGAAGGAACAUCGAAGAGAACAGGAGGACAUUAUAGAGGACUUCAGUCGUCAGAUAAAUGAAUUGGAGGAGAAAUUAGUUUUGAAGACCAAGGAAGUGGAUGUUCUACAGAAUGAGCUGAAGAUGGUGAAGGAAUUCCGUAGAAAGAGAGCUCAGAUGCAGAGGGAACUAGAUGAGAUCAAGGAAGCAAUGUUCAAUACAAACAGAGAUCACAAAGAGACUCUGGGAAGAAUGGAACAGAAAUUUUUUGAGGAAAAGAUGCGGUUACAACAAGAGGCAAACCAAAAAAUAGCAGAGCUGGCAGAAAAAGCACACAGUGAAGCCAUUGCAAAUCUAGAUGACACCACAAGAUCAGUUUACAAAGAGAACGUACGUUUAUCUGAAUCUCUGCAAUACCACAUGCGGGAAGGGGAAAUGUUGAAGAAGAUAAGGGCUCGUUUAGAAGAGGAAAAUGAGACUCUCAAAGGGGACAAGGAGUUGAAUGACGCCAUGGUUCAGGAGAAAGUGGCUCAAGUCAAGCAGCAAAAGACACAGAUAAAACAGCUGACAGAAAAGGUGUCCGUACUGGAGAAGUCUUUGAGUCAUGUCGUGAUGGAGUUUGACACAGAGCGUGGAGACAUACUAGCACGGGCGAAGAUUGAGAACGAGGCAGCCCAAGUAGAGCUGGACAAGUUACAGCGAGUGAUAGAACUCAAGUCUAAAGAAAUGAACAAAGUGAAGAGACUAGCCAGGAACAUCCUUGAUCAGAGGACAGAACUGGAACGCUUCUUCCUGGAAUCAUUAGAGCAAGUUAAGCGUGAAAUCAGUGCAAACCAAGCUCAGUACAGACACGAUGCCCACCUAGCCUAUCAACAGAAGAUGCUGGCAGCCCAUGCCGGAAAAGCAGAAUUCCCCAAAAUACGGACAUUCAACAAAUCAGAGACCAGCACGAAUAGUGUCUACAAAGAUUUGGAGGCUGCAGAAAAAUUGUAUAACGAGGUAGGGAAGGUGGAUGUAAGUGAGCUGACGUGGGAGCAGAAGGAACGUGUGCUGCGUUACUUAUUUGGUCGCAUGAACGGCAGUCACAAGGGUCUGUCCUCAGCUUCACCUCUUCCUGCCAUUAGACGCCAAGACAGACAGCUGAGUAUUACCAUGGAAACGUCAAAAGAAUCUGAUUUGUCUGGCGCUGACAGCCCGAAACAGACAUUCCUUACCCAGACCGGGGUUGAUGACCCUAAUCUGUCACUCUGUGGCUCUGCCCCCUUACCCGGCAUUCCUCAAGGCCGUACCACUUGGGUCGAACCACAAACAGCUGCCUAAUGUCAGCAGAAACUCGGUCAACUCAGAAAUAAUUUAGCACAACUUCAAACUUAUAAUUCCGACCUGAGACUGGAUACCUCAAACACAAACUGUUUCCACCAGACCACUUAGCAGGUGCAGUUCUGCAUUGUGUAUCUCCACAAGACACCUGUGGCAAGAUGUAGUGUCAGAGCAAACAUCUGUUCAAUUUUUAUAAGAUGUCGUAGAAAAUAGGUCAAGCAAGCCUGGUCACUGUUUAAAGUUGACAGCAGGUCUUUCUUAUGCAGAGAAACGUGUGGUCAAAUGAAAUGCACAGCAUUGUAGUUUUAAUUUGGUAUUUAUUGAUGUACUUCAUGAAAUGUGUUCCGUGUGAUUUUCGAGCCAUUGGUAUAGCUACUUUGGAAGUAUUGUGAUGUGUAUACCAUUAUCAGGAAGUACUGUAAAACAACCUUUAUUAUGCAAACUUGCAAAUUGUUUAAAGUAUUUAAGAAAAUAUUUAACAUUCAUCAGCCAGUAUUAUCUUUGAGGUCUAGCUUUUUUCAUACAUGGAUUUAAAGCUGUAUUGUGUUGUUGUGUCUUGUGAUAAAUAUAAGGUUUGGAUUACACAUUAAUAUUGUGACAAUCUUGUGGAUGAACUGCUGUUUUUUAAAACCUUUCUCAGAUAUUGUACUACUGUGUGACUGCUGAUCUUUUGAGGAUAUUUUAAUUGAUAAUGUUUUGUGUACACUGUCAUUAGACUGUACAAGUAUCUAUAACCUGUGAUAUAGCAUGCAUGUGCAAAUGUGGUAUCUUUAAGUACAUGUAGUGUAUGGAUAUAUUCUUAUACAUGUAACUCCAUUGGGCAUUGAUCUGCCCAUGUUAUGAUUAAUGGUUUUUGUUAAAGGAUUGCAGAUAAAUACUCAGUGUAAUAAUUUUGCUAUAGUGACAAGUAGUAGAAGCCUUGUGUUGUGACUAGUGCCUGGUUAAUGCUGAUGCAAGCAUUUCAUUUGAUACUUUUGAAAACAUGAUCAAAACUUUUGCUUGUGUAUGUUGGAACAUGUUUAUAGUUAUGAGCAGAAGUGAAGACUUUUGUGUUCUGUUCAGUAGAAAUGUAUGCAGAAGAUAAACAAGUAACAUCAUUGCGAUGAUCAUUGUCAUUGUCAAACAACAUGUUUGAGUUUGUAAAAAAUUUGUUCCCACAAAAAUGCUUUUUGAAUCACAAGAAUUCAUUGUUUUAUUUUCAGUUCUAAAAUUUGUAGGAAAAAUUAUACAAGUGUAAACACAGUAUUCUACAAAAUAUAAAACCCAACCAAACUGUAAUCAGACUGAUAUAUAUCAAUCUUCUAAUGUAAUAAAUAUAUUUUGAACGUGAAUUUUGGAGUUGCUUUGUUUGUAGAGUCUCUCGAUGAAGCUG